AUGGCUUUAGUCAGUGCCGCAAACCCAGACUCAAUCAACAGUGGCUACCUCAAAACAAGCCACAACAUCAAGCACGACUAUUCCGAUACAAAUGUUAGCGGUCAAAGCGAGAUCCUCAGUCAGCAAGCAGCCAAGAAAAACUCCUAUGGUGACUGGCGUGACGACUUCUUCAAUAAAGGCUACACUGUCAUUAAAGGAGCCAUCCCUCGCGAGCGUGCCAAUGCGUACCGGGAAGCUGCACUGAACUGGUUCCAAAAGUUCCCUUUCGGAUUCGAUAUCAAUGACAAGUCGACCUGGAAGGAGGAGAAUCUGCCGGUAAUGAUGAAUGGAGGUAUGGUGUUGAACUACUCUGCAGCGCAUGAAAAAUGGGUUUGGGAAGCGCGUUCUGAGCCGGGGGUCAUUGAGCCCUUUGCAAGGCUCUGGGGCACAGAUGAGCUUCUUGUGUCCUUUGAUGCAGUUAAUAUCACACUGCCUGGCCGCACCGACCUGAAAUGGAAACCCUGGCCUCAUGUGGAUCAGUCUCCUACUCGAAAGGGACUUUCAUGUGCUCAGGGUAUUAUCAAUCUUUCUCAGGCUGGUCCUAAGGACGGGGGCCUCCAGCUUCUUCAGGGUAGUUCAGAGUUGUUUGACCAAUACUUCAAGGAACACCCGCCGAAGCCCAAGGCAGCAGAUGCACCAGGUCAAUUCGACUGGUUCGGAUUUACGCUAGAUGAUUUGGCUUGGUACGAGGCGCACGGAUGUAAGUUGAUCAAGGUCGAUGCCGAGCCUGGGGAUCUGAUAAUUUGGGAUUCGCGAACUGUGCACUAUGCAUCUUUGCCCCAGACUGAUACUAUUCGCACCAUUAUCUACGCAACCUACACGCCCCGCAGUCUUGCGACUCCCGAGGACUUGCAAAAGAAGGUUGAAAUAUUUGAACGAUGGGAGGGUACUACCCAUUGGCCUCAUUGCAAUAUCUUUGGGCAAGGCAAAGCGAUGAGGAACGGCAAUGUAUGCCCCGGCGAGCGAGAUGAGCCCCUUGAGAAGCCGGAAUUGACAGAUACUGUUCUGAAACUUGCAGGAGUCAAGCCUUAUUGA